AUGAGGAUCGCAGCGCUUUUUGCGCUGUUGGUCGUCGCACUCGCCGACGACUUGUGCCCGGUCGACGAAGUAAGAAACAAGUUCUACAGCCUUGAAGUUACUCUUUGGAAGAACGUUUCGAAUCCCAAUUGGGGAGAGUUCGGCCUCGGAGGGGAUGUCGAAUUAACGAAAUCCUUUGCAAUCCUAAACGAGUACAUAGAAGCGGUACCGCGACCGCCACGGCCACCGCUCGAGACUUGGCUGUGGGUGAAAGCGACCGAGAAGUUGCAGGUUAUAGAUGGCUUGUACAAGAGUUUUGUGGAAUUCGUCAGGCGGCAAGCCACGCCAGGCGCGGUGCCAGCGCCAGUGCGUGAAUGGUUGGACUUGGCUGAAAGUGUUUUAAUGGAUCCCAAGGCGUCAGUGGCGCAGGCAGUGAGGAAGCUGCACGAUCUGACAGAGCACGGCGAUAUGUUCCGAGCUGUGUUAAAGGAGGAGAACCCGGACCUGUGCGAGCUGCAGCUGUCCCCACACCAGCUAAUUUAUGAUAUGUAUAACACUAUAUCUCUCACGGAGAUAAAAGGAUACGCCAUGAUGCAGUUCUCCUGGAUGUUACUGAGGAUCUACGGAAAAGGCAACUUCACCCAAGAAGCAAGUUUAACACGUCAGAGGUACGGAGAGAGAUCGGCGCGGACAGCCAGCGCGGCGAAGGCUGCCUUGGCGAUGGCCAGACGUGACCUGUACCGCUGCGACCCACCGAUACAUAAAGAAGGAGAGACAUAUGCAGAGGUGACGCGUCUUCUGCAGGGCUACAUCGAGAACGAGGUGGACAUGAACACGGACAGCACGUGUCGCGACAACUGUGCCUUUUACACACUCGCGGAGAACCAUGGUUGCUUCAAAGAUCAGUUCUGCACCAAGCAGCCAACGUGCAAAGGCCGCAUCAUAGACUGCCAGUACAUCGAUUCCGAUAUGUGGGUGUGUCUAUCAGGGAACCGAAACAGCAAACGGCGGUACGAAUGGAUCGAAUACGAGAACGGAAGGACAUUCGGCCACGUCGGUAGCUGCACGCGGGGCAGUACCAAGGUGGACUCUUGGUGGCGCUGGUUGUUCUGGCAUUGCUCCUACUGCAUGUGCCUCUGCGACGAGUCCGGUCCGGAGUCCGACCGUUACUUCAGCCUGUGGGACUCUACAUCGGACGUCAAAAACAACAAGGUCGUGACUGGUGUCCGUCUUGUAAAGCACGGUCGAGUGUUCCAUCUUCAGAUAAGCGAAGGCACGCUUGGUGAAAGAGGCACAAUAACACCUAGCAGUUGGGUGCCAAUACAGAAGUUUGAUCCCAAUGAGCCGGGCGUGAGGGAAGGUGUUGAUUACCAUACCCUCACGUACGAGAAGAGAGCUAUUGAUUUGGACGACCUGGAUUCACCUAUAGGCCACGUCUUGACCGGCGUCCGGUUCAGAAUAAUCGGUGCCCAUUUGCACUUUGAGAUCCGCUCGACGCCAUUCAAUUACACCACUGGACGUCUUUCGCCCGAAAAGAGCUUGUGGAUUAGCAACGAUAAUACCGAAGGUGCUGAGAAGCCGAGAACCCGUCUGAACCUAUACCGCCCGGACAUACCGACCCGCUCCUCGCUGCCACUGCCCGUGGACUCGAAACACGACCAGUACGUGGAGUUCACUAACACGGAUUUCGAGGCGGACGCUGCCCAAUCCACUGUUCCAUUUAUAGACAUACAACCCCUGCAGCCAAUGAAAGGUACAGCUCUAUCGAGCGGUGCGGGUCUGAUGCACCGCGGUGCUCCGGGCUCGGGGGGUUUCAUUGCCGUGAAGCUGUUCACUUAUGACUACUCCCGACACGUGAAAGCCGAAGUGCCGCCGACCGCCUACGAGGAGAACGGCGACACUACGGAGUUUACACCUGUCGUCAACUAG